UCCGAACGACGGCGCCUGAAGCGGAUGGCGGAGCGACAUGCGAACACGACGUGUUUUGCUUGUCGAGAGACGGGGCACGCGGCGGCCGACUGUCCGAACGUCAAGUUGGACGAUGAAGAAGGGCGCGCGCAGGGAAGGGAGAAGCCCACGGUCGGGAUAUGCUACCGAUGCGGCUCACAGAAGCAUACACUGGCGCGUUGUCGAAAGCACGUUGACGAGCGGAACCCAUUGCCGUUCGCGUCGUGCUUCGUUUGCUCGGGCACGGGCCACCUCGCGUCCGCGUGCCCCAAAAACAAAGACAGAGGCGUCUACCCGAACGGCGGGCGCUGCAAGCUCUGCGGCGAGACGACCCAUCUCGCAAAGGACUGCGGCCUGCGAAAGCCAGGC